AUGGAUUUGAAUGCAUACAAAGGAUGGUCUUCUGAAUUUCAUUCUACAUACAAUCAACUUCUCGAAUAUGAAAGUUUUUUGCGUUUGUUUCCUGUAGAGGUUGCUAACUCUAUAGCCACAAGUACUGUAAUGAGUGUGAAGUGUGAUUGUUCAUGUACUCUUCUGUCAUCGUCUGGUGAUGGAGUACCUGCCAAUACCGAUGCAACACAUGAUGGUUCGGUUUCUCAUCGAAGUGAAUCUAUAUCUCUUCCUCAAAAUGUUUCUUCAGCACCAAAUCCGCGUUCAUCUUUUUCUGGUCAGACUUCCGUAGUACGUUUUGAUUCUCCAGAUGAACUGCGUUGGGUUAUGCAUGCUAUCACUUAUGGACUGACUAUGUCAUCUGAAAAUUGGGACGUCAUCAAACACAGUGCACAUAUUUACUGCUAUUGGAUCAGAUGUCUUAAUUCUUCAAUGCGCUCUACACAAUCAGGGAAUUCGAACUCACCAAUUCCGUUGAUUCUACAAAAGGAGCCACAACGUUUCUUAAAAUCCCUUUUGUUCUCCCUUACUUAUUAUUUCCUUCCACGUGAUCCAGAACCAUUAAGUGAUCAGCCUAAGUUAAUGUUUUCAACCCUCGGUCGAAGUUUAGCACCUCCACAAUAUUCAACUAGUGCCGAUUCAUCAGAAGCCCCAUCUUUUUCUACAGGGAUCGAGUCAACACACUUAUCAACGUUGCUAAAUAAGCAGUUAGAUAUUAUAAAACUGGUGGCUGUUGCAGUCGAAGAAUUGUGCUCAUUACCGAAUCAGUUAACAUCUGACUCCUGGGAUUGUAUAUUACGGUUUUGUCUGAUCAUAUGUCAUGCUAUUCUGUCACCACCUUUACAUUUACCAUCAGGAUUACUUCAGUCAUCUACUGGGGCUUCUCAGAUGACCAGUACUUUUAUUUCGGGAUCAGGAUCUGUUGGUGGACCUAAUUCUAUGGCUCUUUUGUCAAAUCACUCCAGUUCUUCAGAUGUUAGGGGCACCAAGGAUUCAGCUGCCUUAUUUGAAGUUAUAUCAGACUGCGUUUCCAACUUAUUAUUCAGUACUUGGUUAAAAGCUUGUACUCAUUGUUUUCCUAAACCACAACUCUGGGUUGCAUUUAGAGAAUGCGCAAGAGUGUGGCGACAUCAUAAUGCGUUUAUUAAACAGUGGUCUCGUGUUUCCGUGGCACUAUCUGCUACUUUACUUGGUAUACUAAAUAAACCGAAUAACCUAAACGCUUAUGCUUCUUUCAUUCAAUUAAUACCAUCUGAUCUACCUGAUGAAAAUGUGAAAGAAUCUUGGAUUCGUAUGCUAUAUUUGAUCGACAAUCCAGUAGAUCUUUGUCAUGAACAUUUAAUAUGUAAUACACCGAUUUUUGAAGAAUAUAAGAAAUACAAUUGUAAUGAUAGAAUUCGAUGGACAUCUGUUUAUUUCCCUUAUCUAUAUCAUCAAGCCCUACGUGGUCUGUCAAUGAUCGUGGAUGGAUUUUUAGGUAUUCAGCCAAGUCUUACAGUUGGUAUUGAUCCAUUUGUUGGUGUAAUUCCUGAGCUUUAUGGUCCUAUCGGUCGAUUAUUUCAAAGUUACCCUUCAUUUCAUAAGUACACAGAUACACAAAGCAUGAACAAUGAUGAUGAAGUCAGGAAAGCCCUUAUGACGGGUUUUUCAAAUAUUCAAGGUGGAUCACGAUUGGUUGCUGGUAGUUUUUCUACAGAAAAAGCAACUAGGAAAUCUAGAUUAGCAAGUGUCGUCACGUCUGCUGGUAUUCUUGCUUCCGCUGGAACUUCUGGAGGUUCUAAAUCUGGGUUGGCUCCAUUUAAUAGUACUUCAGUACAUACUCCUCAUACCAAUAGUAGUUCGUUAACUCCCAUUGAAAUUAAUGCUUCUUUGACAAAUGCUUUUCAACAGUCACAAACUCCUAGUUCGCAAGCAUCUUUGCAGUUAUCAAAUACUUCAAUAAGUGGACAGUCAGUUAAUCAAAAAUUAGGAAAUAUUCCACCUAUAUUGUCUUUAGUUAAUAGAAAUCUACAGGUCGAACAUUUACAGAGUUUAGCUACAAAUUGGUUAUCAACCUAUUCUCAAAUUAUCUUAAAUCCUCAAAGACCAGAAAUAAACUCAUUGUUACAACUAUUUGGAGCUUGGCUUUUUGAAGCAUCAGUAUCAGGAGUUAAACAAGAUUUAAGUGUUACUGUGAUCAGUCAUCGAGCUGCAUUAAUUGAUAGUAAUCGUUUUCUAGUUGGUCGUGCUGAAGCUCUUGGAAUACUAUGUCGAAUAAUGAUCUACGCUCAACGUGGUCGUUUAGCAGAGGAAUAUCUUACACGAUUUUAUUUAUGUCUUUAUUAUGCAUUGGUUGUUGAUCCAACGGUUAAAAAUGAUUAUAUUUUAUGUUUAGUGUUAUUCUAUUCAAUUGAUUUACUUCGUGUUGAUUUACCCGGUAUCAAUAUCUUGAUACCACGUAUAUAUGGUGCUUGUCAGCAUGUUUUAAAAGAAGAAAUCAACAUGAAACCUGAAUUUUUAUCACCAACCUUGGUUCAGCGUGCAGCUAUACAUCAGCUUAUGUCGAUGGUAUGUAUUCCUAUUCAAUUUAAAGGCGCACAUUUAAAACCCUUGAUUCCUUUGAUGUCUAAUGAGAAUAAUCUAUGUUCAUUGAAUGAUAUAAAAAAUAUGAUGGUUAAUAUUUUAUGUGAUACGUUGAGUAGUACUGAAGAUCCGGUAAAUUUUCAAUUAUUAUUAAGUGUGGCGUUGGCUUUAAUUGAAGACAUGUCAGCUGAUGAAAUGCAGUCAUCUAAUGGUCGAAAUGACCCUGGGAAAUCUCAUACAACAUCUAGUUUCUUCAAUAUUCUGACACCACUGCUUUGUGGUAAUUUAGUGUAUAAGUGGAAAAAUGAUUCAUCAGUUAUGCUUUAUUUAUUAGAAAUCAUCUCUGGUUUGUCUAAUGUACAUGUUACACCAGUUGAUCCAUCUACUUAUAGACACACCGUCCGAUCAAUAUGUGAAUUUAUUACAAAUCAAUGUAACCGUGAAAAAAAAGAUCAUAAAAGGCAGCUGCAUAGUAUUAUUGUUGCUGCGUAUUAUUGUUUAUCUUCAUGGAUUGUACAACAUGUAAAUUUAUUAUUAUCUGAUCGAGAAUGUGUAUGGACUAUAUUAGAAACAAUUGAAUUGGGUAUUUGUGGUGCUAAGUCUUCAAAUAAACAGGCAAAAAAUGAGCCCCCUACUACUAUUCUCAAAGGUCAAAAACCUUUGGUUCCAUCCUCAAAACGUGUUUGUGAUGCAGCUGAGGCUUGUCUGUCAAAUUUAAUGUCAGUAGCUGGAUCUUUUCCUGGACCGUUCGGGACAGAUACAACAUGUUCUCAAUUAGCAGAAGAUAACAUUUUGAAAUUGAUUAUAGAUGAAGAGUCGAAUUCAUCUAAGGGUCGGUCAGAAUUUCACUAUUUCUGGUCCGAACCCAGUUUAAUAAUUGGAUUGUGCGAAUUCCCUGCGAAUUCAUUUAAAUCAACCAUAAAACCAAAAAAUGAUUGUUCAACAGAUGGACCAGCUGCAAUUUUAAUUAUUCGAGGACCAUUUGGACGUCAUGUUUGGAUAACACAUAUGCGUCUUUCACCAUUGUUGGGAAACGACUCAAAUUCGCAAUCAAAUUAUUCGGAUCAAAAACAAGUAGUAAUUAAUCGUCCUAAACCUUGGGGUUGUUUUCUUGAAAGACUUAUCACCACAGUAACCAACAAUGAAAAUGUUCCUGCUUUAAACUUUCCACAAUCGAUAUCCGAUAUUCCACUUGUUGAAGCUGAUCAUAUAAUACCUUCGCUGGAUAAAGUCGGUAGUGAACUUGGAAGUAAUGUUAGACAAGAAAUUAAUGCAUUCAAGACAUUAAUAACCACGCAUGCUUCACUAGCAAAGGAAGUUGGAUUACGUUGUGUCCAAGAAAAAAUUAAUGCACCAUAUCCUGAUCCAAUCACAGAAGCAAAAGCACCAAUUCCCGUUGUUAGUUUUCACCCAAUGCGUUUAUUACUAACACAUUUGGGCUAUUUAUCAAUCGGACCUUAUCAAAUGCCCCAAUCAUUAUGGCCACGUCCAGAGUUAAAACGUGAUAAUCAAUCAGGUGAACGUCCUGGUCUUGGGAAUCGACAAAGUCCAUCUUUAACAGCUAAUCGUAUCAUACAGGGGUUUUCGUCUACUUUGCCGUCGAAUAGUACUGAAGACGAACUACUUCCCUUAUUCCCAUUCGAUGUGGAAAAUCCAGAUUUUGCUGAUAUAUUAACAAAUUUAGACCAUAUGCCAACCAGGACAGGUGAUACGCUCUUGGUUUUUUAUGUUGCUGCUGGUCAGUCAAAAGUUGGUGAUAUUCUUGCGAAUAUGAAGAUUUGGUCAAGACUACCUGAAGCAUUUCAUCAGUUCUUAAGUGGUAUCGGCUGUAUCAAAGAUAUUUCUGAUCAUUCAGGUUGGACAGGGAACCUUCAAACUAGCUAUCGUACAUCAAAUGGAUACUUUGUAACGAGUCACUGUAAUCACACGAAAAAUAUACAUGCUGAUCACUGUCCAGAUGGUAUUCAAUCAAUUAUAUACUAUGCUGAUGCAAUAACAGAAUUAGCAUGCAUUUGUCCCACUAAUCAAUUUUAUGGAAAUGAAGAGAAUCCUGACUCAAAUCGUUCGUUAAAGAGUACACGUUAUCGCACUGCGAGCGAAAUCAUAACUAACAUCACUCGUGGGACAAGUCAAAGUGUUGUAGGUAUGGGAGAAGUUGGGGCAGACCCGACUGGAGGUCGAGUGGCAGUUGUAUGGCUCGAACGAUGGGAAGAUGGACCUAUGCACUGUGAACCAGGAGUUGGAAUGAACAUCCAGAAUAUGACUAGCAAGAACUUUGACUGUCCUGUCACAAUUUAUAUUCAUCCUUUAAGUUCCGGAUUAUGCAGAGUUGGCAUUAUGCGUCUUCAAGGAAGAACAUUUGAAGCUGGUCCAUUACAGAAUGGAUCUGUAUUAAGUCAGCGUUGUCUGAGUAGUUUUGUAAGACAAACUGUAAUAAACUUAUCACGACGACGUCGUUUGGCUUCCGACUCAUUUCAACCUCCUCAUGUUCGACGAAGCCAUGAAUUGUUCAGAUUGGCAGAAGCAAACCGUAAAAUUGUUCGAGGUCAGCCAUCAUCAUCCGGCAAUAGAACUAAUGCAUGCUCUUGUAACACAGCGAAUAUUGUGCGUAGUCUUUUUUUUAGACAAACUCAAAUUCAUUCUAGCUAA